AUGGCUCCAAUCGUAUGUAUAACUAUAACAAUAUAGUGAUAAUAGCAGCAAAUACCCUUUGUACGGGUUCGUGUGUUCAAGUGUUUUUUUUUUAGAUUUUUUUUGAAACCUUUUUUUGUUCAGCAGACUGGUUCUGCUGUACUUUUUUUUGAUGAAGCUUUCUUAGUUGAACGCAGAUCAUUAUACAUUCAUAAAACCAUAAGUUGGAUAAAACAUCUUUGAUAACGCAAACCCGACCCUGGGCUUUGCUGUCUUUAUCAUUACUCCGUACACCUUUGGUGUAUAAUGAUAAUAGUGCAGUAGGCUAACAUGGGAUAUAGACCACCAAGAAAAACACCGCUGCUAAGAAGUUAGUCGUUGACACCUCCGCCCCAACCGAAAACGGUGUUUUCGACCAAGAAUCUUACGUUAAAUUCUUGAUUGAAAACAUCAAGGUUGAAGGUAUUCCAGGUAACUUAGGUAACUCCAUUUCCAUUACUGAAGAAGGUAACAAGGUUGUUGUUGUUUCUAACACCAAGUUCUCCGGUAAAUACUUAAAGUACUUGACCAAGAGAUACUUAAAGAAGAACCAAAUCAGAGACUGGAUUAGAUUCGUUUCCGUUAAGCAAAACCAAUAUCAAUUACAGUUCUACUCCGUCGCUGAUGACGAAGAAGAAGAAGACGAAGAAUAAAUUAUUUGAUUCAACUAAUAUUUUGUAUAAUAAGAUAGGUUUUGAAUAUAUAGUUUAUUGAGGUCACGGGUGAGGUUUAUGAAUGUAUUAAUAUCGCUUAAUGAACUUUGUAGAAGUUGUAGAGUGUCAUCUGGCAUGUAUUAAACGGGUUAAGCCAAACUGAUUUGUUUUAAAAGAACUGUAACGUUAAAUCUUAUUGUCCAAAAAACAUGGCGAAGGAACAUGAUUCUAGCAGUUUUUCAUUGUCAUCAGUAUCAUACAAAUUCGGUACUUGGAUAUCGGGCUUGUUUCCGUAACAAAUAAUCGAAUAUAUACGUUGGAAGAUCGAACAGAGUGUUCUACUGUCCGUAAGAAUUUUUAUCCCAUUUGACCCUCAGUUCCUGACUUCGUGGCCAAGUUGGCUAAGGCGUGAGACUGUUAAUCUCAAGAUCGUGAGUUCGACCCUCACCGAGGUCGUUUAUAUUUUUACUUCAUUACAUUUUUUACGAUCGAGCAACAUGACAGAAUGA